UUUCAACGCGUCGCUUGCGCUUACACGAGGACAGCUCAGCAAAAUGGCCGCGAAGAUGGACAAAGUCGACAUGUCUUUGGACGAUAUCAUCAAACAGAACAAGAAAACUACAAGAGGAGGAAGGAGAGGACGUGGAGGAAGAGGUAGAGGGAGGGGUGGACCAAUAAGAAGUGGUAGAGGUCGCGGAAUUACCAAGAAUAGACCGACACCGUAUUCAAGAGUGAGUGACAAAAUAUUUCUUCGAAUUUCUAUGUUGUUUCGACAUUUUUGAUAUCACCGUUGCUAACUUGUUUUCUUUCUCUAGCCCAAACAAUUACCAGACCGAUGGCAGCAUGAUCUUUUUGAUGGCGAUAGUGGUUUCAGAGGAGGAAGGAACCGUAGCGGUGGUAUUUCCACCGGCUGCAAACUUCACAUUUCAAACUUGGAUUUCGGUGUUUCAGAUUCGGACAUUCAGGUAUUUGACGGUUUUUGUAUUUCACUCAUUAUACCACAGAUAGAUCAGGCGAUGUUUACUUGAGCGAUAAACUUAGUUGAGAAUGAUACUUUCAAAAUUGGCUUGAAGGAAGGGAGAUAAAACAUCAAUAUGCAAAAUUUGAAUUCGUACCACGACCUUUUUUCAACACAUCACUUCAUACAGCUCAAAUAAAACGUCAAAGGAAAAAAAAUCGUUAGGACACUAUUAUCCCAAACCCUUUGGUCCAGACUACUGGAAAGUUUUGCGAACUGAUGAAAUAACUAAAGAAUUUUUGUACGAAACUCAAGGUUCGCUUCUGGUAAUUUUUGUAAACUUGAAAAUGUGCUUUGUUAUUCUUGUUAAAAUCUCUUUCUUGGCCCCUUUGAUUGUUAUGUCAGCAAUCUUACAGAUUUUACAUCCGAAAAAUUAUUUGUGCGACUGAUUGUCGAUGAAAUAUUGGUGAAUGACUAUUGUUAAAGAAACAGACUCAAAUAACAUUACUUUAUUAUACAUAAAUUUGUGUACGUUUGACUUGUAGGAAUUGUUCAGUGAGUUUGGAGAUUUGAAGAAGGCCACAGUCCAUUACGAUGUUUCUGGUCGAUCUCUAGGCACAGCUGAGGUUAUUUUUCAACGACGUGAAGAUGCGCAGCGUGCCAUGAAACAGUAUAAUGGAGUUCCUCUUGAUGGUAAAAUAUUUUUAAUUUUUAUUCAUUGAGGCUGGUCAGCAAAUCCUGGCUGGUAAGACCUCAUCGUGCAGCCUUCAGUGACGACUUGGCCAUUGAAUGGGUUUGGUUACUGUUAAGGCUCAUUCUUUCCAACACAUGAAAAGCUGCCCUACUUCAGAUGUUCCUCAGCAUGCCUCUCCAGGUGUCAAAACAUGGCCUUGGGUUCAUUGUUUCAUUCAGGAGCCAUCUUGACCCCGCUACAGCUGUAGCUUGCAAUGGAGCCAUUCUGAGUUUUUCUGGUAAUACUGAACAUGAUGUCUUCCUAGCUGCUUAGUUUGUUGCUGAAUAUAUUAACCCUGUAACUCCUAUAGGUGACCAGGACAGAAUUUCUCCUUACAUUAUCAAUACUAUGUUAAGCAGCAAGUGAUCAGAAUCAAGAGGAAUAUCAAUUAGGGGAUUUAUUUGAUCCACUGCCAAAUUUUCCAAUCUAAAAUUGUAAGAAUUUUACAGCAAACUGUAAGGAGAAUUACUACUGAGAUCUUGGGAGUGUUAAGGGUUAACUUACAGGUAAUCUUGUGAGGAGCCAUACAUCUCCUGUUGUCAAACAUUCUGAAUGUAGUAGAGUUAUGUCAUAAUUUCAAUUUAUUUGAAAGUGUAAGGUUUAUUGCUAUCAUUUUUGUUUUUUGGUAAUGACAGCUAAUCAUGGUGUUAAACAAGAGAUGUGUGGCUUUUUCUGCUUCUUGUUGCAAAGUGAAACAUUGCUUGCUUGUUAUUUUGUUUUCAUAAAAAUAUUGCUCAGAAGUAUGAUUUAUAUUGCAAAGUGUUACCCCUUUGAGUGAGCAGAAAGGUGUUUACUGAAAUGAAAAAGACCUGUUCAACACUAAAACUCAAUAAUUCCUUAUUUCUUAUACUUCAGUAGAAAUUGCAUGGAGUCUCUGCAAUGAAAGCUGAUGCACUCCUUUAACUUAUUUUCAUAGUGUAUCAAAUUGUGAAGUGCUCUUAAAUAUUUUUGUCUUUGUUGUAAAAAUACAACAUACAACUGGUGAAAUAUUUUAAUUGCAUGCAAAGGAAUGGAGUGGCAGGUAGUAAUCAGGAAGGCCAGGUUGUGCUUUUCAUGCAGCUUAAUCAUCUGAUGUUAUUAGAUAAAUAAUUGGUAUGAAUUUAUAACACAUAUUUUACACUUUUGGUUGUGCAUUGUAAGUCUUGUAUUGCUUUUGUAUUGUAGGAAGGGAAAUGAUUAUUGAGUUGGUGACUGGUUCGUCAAAUAUUGGCAGUGGUGGUGGUGGAGGUGGUUUCCAAGGACAAGGGCAAAGGUACUGAAUCAUGAAAUAGUGACCCAUUUUUAGUUAAUGCGUAUAAGAAUUCUGAAGGAUGUUGCCAAAAGCUAAAUUGAUUAUAUGUAUAAUUGCAUUCAUCUAUAGAAGGCGCCAACAAUUUAAUCAAAGCAGAGGUGGUAACAGUAGAAGAGGCAGAGGACGUGGUAGAGGAAGGGGAGGAAGAGGAGGUGGCUCUCAAAAGGCUAAUGUUACAGCAGAAGAUCUUGAUGCUGAACUGGAUGCUUAUCAUGAAGAGGUUUGAUUAUCUCCCUUGAAUUUCCUUGCUUGUGUUUAUUUAUUCUAGAUAUCAUUGUAUUGUGAAAUGUGUUAAGGCAACAUGUGAGGCUAGAUUUUGUUUCCUUUUUUAAGCUCUUAAAUAUUUACAUUGUGAUCUGUCUUGCUUUAAUACUUUGGUGAAAUGGAGUAUUUUUGAGGGAAAACUUAAAUACUUUUGUUCUUUGAUAUGCAGGGAGAUGUAGACAUGGAUGAUGAAUAAGCAAACUUUCAUCUCUCUCAAGCAUGGAUAAAUACUUAAGAAACCAGACCUAAAACACGGACAUUGGAGAUUAAGCUCUUGAAUAUUUGCCAGUAAACAUCUUGUUAACAUAUAUGACACUAUCAAAUUGCUUUUUCAAUUAAUAAAUUGUCAAAGGAAUGUCUGAAUUUUCCAAAAGUAAUAUUCUUCAUGUCUUUCAGCCCAGGUUUUACUUUUUUUAUGUCACUUGUCACUUAUCUGCAAUGUAAUGUUUGGAUACUUCAGGUAGUGAAGCCUAAUCUCAGUGCUAUUGUCUUGUUGUUAAAGGAGAAACUUUUAAGAAAGUGUUAUUUUGAUGAAGACUUUGUGAUAAAUUUGUUUGAUGCUACUUUGUUCACAAGAACUUUAAUGAACAAAAGUUAUUGUGUAUUGAAAAGUCACAAGUAUUUUUAGCAAGUUUGGUCAGGAUUUGUUUCAGUCAUAUAGUUCAAUUUCUCAUGAAUAUCAAAUCCAUACUUCUUCAAUAAUUAGUGUCCUCCAAGAAAAGAGUUGAACAGUGCCUUUGAAGUUUCCUUAAUUUCUGUUUAGACUCCACAUUUAUAAGGAUGUUAAUGUUGUUAAGGGAAACACUUGUCAAAACAAUUUUUUAACCUUGUUAAAUAAAUGUAGAUAUUUGCUUGUGCAAAUUUUGUCUGAUUGCUUUUCAACUGUAAUUUGUCACACCUGUAGAACAUUGUAAAAGUUUGUCUAAUGUACAUGACUUGGAAAAGAGAGUUGAUAAGUGCAGCACUGAAGUGAAUACAAGGAAACUUUUAUUCAACUAGACCAUGUCAUGGAUUUAUUCAGACUUUAGGGGCUCUGAAGAUACAAUGUGUAGGUGGUCAAGUUUCCAAUGCAGCUGUUUAGAACUUGUCGUACUUAUGAAUUAACAUCCUGUUCAUUGUAAGCUUAUUCUAGUCAACAUUUCAAGUUUAAGUAGUUGCCUUAAGUUAUAGAUCAUUUUUAUUCUUCAAUCAGUGACCUAUUGAAGUGGAAUAUUUUAAUAACCUGAUUUUUGAAGUUCCAUUAGAUCAAAUUUGUUGUGAUGUGUUAGAUAAAAGUAAUGUAAUUCAUGUACUUUCUCAGAGGAUGGGAAUUUUUAGUGUGAAAUAAAGUGUUGUUUGUAG